UUUGGCGGUAACGCAACAAAAUUACACAAUGAUUUAAUUACAUAAAAUUUUGGCUAAUAAAUUCAAAAAAUUAAAAAUGGAAUUUAUAUUUAUUUUUAGCAAUUAUAAUAUAUAAUAUGUAAAUUACCAAAAAAAUAUUUUACUAAUUCCGGAAAGCAAAUCGUCAAUUGCAUUGAAACACCAAUGGCGUAAAUACAAAUCGAGAAACUUCAAAACUUGUUUGUCACUAAGUGUUAAAAUGGUUGAUACAAAUAAUAUAUUUGGUUUUGAACUUUUCCAAGAAAUAUACAAUAAACAAAUUACAAAAAAGGAGGAUCUAUUAAUUCUAUUCAUUCAUUGGUAUCUUAUAAAACAGGGAUUUAGAUGUAUUGGAAUCGGUGAUUCUAAAGUAUUUGAACCAUCAGAAAAAGGAUCUCAAUUACUUCCAGAAGGAUGGAACAUGCAACCAAGUUAUACAUUACGUUACAUAAAUAAUGGAAAAUUAUUCAUAUUCCAUGGUAUAAAAUCUGAUGAAGAUCUGCUUGUAAAUUUAUUGAAAAUUCAUGAUCAAAAAGUAUCUACCAUUCAGUUUCCAAUUAAUCAAACUAUAAAUGAUCUCCAUGGAACAUUGGAAGUUAUAAUACCUUCAUAUCAAAAUAUUAUAAAUAUAAUUCAAACAGAUAUUAUAGAUACAUUGAUUCCUAGUAAUACAACAGAAAAUUCUACUCAGACAAUAUAUAAUACACCUGGAGAUGAUUCAUUAAGGGCUGAUCCAUUAAGGGUAUUGCCACAAUCUUCAUUUGCAUCAUCACAAUGGCGUCCCGCAGCUGAUCCUACAAAUAUAGGAGCCGCAGAUUUAAAUCCAUUAGGACGCGGCGGUGGCAUGAUUUUUGAUCCAUUUUCAUCACAACGUAAUCCUAUAGAUCCAUACAGGCCAGCUUUAGGAGUUCCUGGCAGAUUACCAUCUGGCGCGGUCCCGCCGUUUGCAAGAUUCGAUCCUUUUGGUCCACCAGAUCUUGAUCGACCAAGACCACGACGUGAUCCAGAUAAUGAUCAUUUACCUCCUCCAGGAUACAAUGAUAUGUUUAUGUAAAAUAAACAAAAUGUAACGAAAAAUAUAUCGCUAAGAUUUAUUAUUAUACAUUUUAUUUUUAUGUUAUUUGAAAUAUAUAAUUAUAUAAAAAAAAUGAUUAUAUUAAAAAAAGAAAUUAAAUUUAAUUAAGCAAUAUUAAAUAAACGAUUUUAAUUCUAUGUAAAAAAAA